AUACUAAGAAAGUGGCCAGUUUCAUCGUGCGAAAUAACAAGAGAGUAUCCUACAAAGAGGUAACAUUAACUACCGUUCGGUUUUGCCGCAAGCGACCGGUAAAAACCUCCAGAAACGAUUCUUCAACCCCAAGAGAACAUCCACGGAGGAGGUACGCCUGACUGUAGAGCAAUACAUUCAUGUACACCGCACUUGGUUAUGCGCCUCCAGCUGCUCCAACCGCCGAUGGGAACAAACUGUUAAGCAUAUCGGCCGGAUUGGUGAGAGCCACCGCUAACAGCUACUGCUGCAGCAGCUGCCUUCGAUGCUUUGUCGCUCUUGCCGCCUGGUUUACCACCACCCGAACUACCCAUGCGCUGAAUCGGCAGACAGAUUGGGUACGGCAAGAUGACGAUUCGACCGAUAAUGAUGAUCCGUGGGAGGAACUAUCUGUACCACUGCUGCCCAGCAUACCAAGAUUUAGUGCUGUGUUUCCAUUCGUGCCCGAACCUCCUCCCGAUCGUGUAGCUGAUUGCGCACCGGCUGAUUCUUUCAGGCAUGGAAAGAGAAAUACAUCUGAAUUACAAUCUCUGUAAGGAUUCAUUUCAGAUGGUAACGAAACAGAAAAACGCCGAUGAAUCUUGCG